AUGUCGAGCAAGGCCGCAUUGAAAGCUGUUCGAACAGCUUUAGACGCCAAAGAUUUUGCGGCUGCUGCUGAAAAAGCCAGGGCGCUGGUACAAAAUGAUCCCAAGAAUUACCAUGCAAACGUUUUCCUCGGACUUGCCAAUGACAAAUUGAAUCAAAAUGAGGCGUCGGAGGAAGCUUAUCUUGCUGCGACGCGGAUAAAAGACAAUGAUCGCACUGCUUGGCAGGGCCUGAUUAGCUUAUACGAGAAGCAAGGCGGGUCGAAGCUGGAUGCCUAUCAUGAAGCUGUUCUCAAGCUCGGGAAAAUCUUCGCCGACAGCGACGAGAAGGAACGAUGCCAGGAUGUUGUCGACAAAUACACAAAGCUUGCUCGGAAGAACAACGACAAAGCCAAAUACAAGAAGGCCCUCGAAUUACAACUCCCUAGCUCCCCUCUCUAUUCCUUCCUCGAAGGCCGGCUACCACACCCAUCCCUGACCUACCUUCGCAUGAUCGAAAUCACCGAAUCCGAGGAGAAAGAAUACAUCAAUCGUGAAAUCGGUGAACGAAGAACCCGCCUUGGUGCAACAAAAGAGAAUGUCACCCUUGAGGUGAAACGUGACGCGUUCAGGCAGAGCAAGCUGGAAAAUCUGUACCGGGGUCUCAUCGACUGGACAAAUGAUGAUGCCGUUCGUCGCCAGUACGAGGAGAAACUGCUCGAGCGUGCAUGUGAAGAGCUUGAGUUCGUUGCCGUAGGCAAGAAACCUACGAAACGAAAGGAAAUCCUUCGUUCUGCCCAGGACAUGGUUAUCAUCAAGCACCCCUUUGAACUCGCUUGGAACAUUGUGCUCGAGUGGAAGGACGUGGAAGAUUACUCGCAAUGGGAUGUGGGUGUUCUGCGCGAGUACAUCGAGUUUUUCCCUGACACUGGAUUGGCAAAGGUUUUGAAGGGAUUCUUGACCUGUGAAUUAUCUCCAUUUCCUCAAGAGGACUCCGAGUCAGAAGGCGACGCGGGUGCGACGAUCACCGGAAAAGACACCGAGACUACUGAGAUAGCUGAGGCAGCAGAUGACACUGAGAUAAUUGAUGCGGGCGCUGCGGAUAGGCUGAUUUUGAUGACCGAGGGUCUAGAAAUGGCACCGUCAUCGAUUAUUGCGCAUCGUAUCAUGGCAGAUCUCUACCUCCUCCUUGAAGAGUACGAGAGCACCGUCGAUGUGGCUCGGAAAGGACUGCGAAAUGUUGCGGAAUUCGUCAGAUACACUGGAUGGAAGUCUCAAAACACAACGGACGCCAUUAACAUUACCCUCGCCAACGCUUUAAUUCCCUAUCAAUCACCUCGACACCACCCAGAAGCCAAGAUGAUCUUUGAGAAUAUUCUUCAACAAAAGCCCACCUCCACCGUCUGCCUUCUUGGUAUUGGUCUGGUCCUGAAAGUCGACCAGGACUAUGAGAAUGCUGUCGAGUUUUUGGAACGUGCUCUAGAGCGCGAUCCUAAAAACAUCAAGAUUCGUGGCGAGCUUUAUUGGUGCAAGGCGUUGAACGGCGACCUGCAGGCUGGGCUCGAUGGCCUCCAGGGUGCUCUUGAAAAUCUGAGAGCGGAACAACCUCAAAACAAGUCUUUCAAGUCUGAGCUGCUUUACCGGGUUGGCUACUGCCAGUGGGAGCUGGAUUCAUCUGUGGCAGCUCGCAAGGACCGGAAUGGGGCUUAUUCAAGCUUCCUAGCUUCUAUCAAGGCUAACAUGAAUUUUGCGCCUGCGUACACAAGCCUUGGCUUCUACUAUGCGGACUAUAAGAAAGACAAGACCAGGGCACGCAGAUGUUUCCACAAGGCCUUCGAGCUAUCAUCAUCGGAAACUGAGGCUGCAGAGCGUCUUGCUCGAGGUUUCGCGAACCAGAACGAGUGGGAUCUGGUCGAAGCUGUUGCACAGCGGGUUGUGGACUCGGGAUACGCCAAGCCUGCUCCAGGUUCUAAGCGUAAAGGGUACAGCUGGCCAUAUGCGGCUCUUGGAACGGUUCAGAUCAACAAGCAACAAUACUCAAAAAGCAUUGUCUCAUUCCAAGCUGCGCUACGGAUUAGCCCCAGUGAUUACCAUUCCUGGGUCGGUCUAGCGGAGAGCUAUCACCACUCUGGUCGAUACAUUGCUGCAACCAAGGCAUUUGAGCAUGCACGGGAACUGGAGUCUAACCUCCGGGGCGAGGAACAAGAUCACAUCUGGUUUGCACGAUACAUGAUGGCCAACGUGAAGCGGGAGCUUGGCGUCUACGAUGACGCUAUCGCUAGCUACGAGGAUGUGCUGGCUACUCGCCCUAACGACAUCGGCGUCACAAUUGCGCUUCUCCAGACUUUGGCCGAGAGCUCGUGGAAGAGUCUUGAUUCGGGCCUAUUCAAUGAUGCUGCGGAACUUGCCUGCAAGGUCAUCCGAGUAGCUGGGUCGCUUGUCACUGUUCGGAAUGACAUUUUCAACCUGUGGAAGUCGGUCGGUGAUGCCUGCUCGAACCUUACCUAUAUAAAGAAGAAGAUCGGAAAGAUUGCAGUCGCGGACUGCAAGGCUCUGCUGCUUUCUGGCGUCGACCCCAUCGCCCUUGAUCUCAUGACCGAGGUUGAUGGUGUGGGCCAAGACUGGCUAGACGCAAGUGAUAGUGACGAAGUUGUCUCGCCUGAUUUUUGCAUUUUCAUGUCCAUCCUGGCAUACAAACGUGCCAUUCACGUUUCUACGCAAGACACCCACGCGCAAGCCGUUGCAUGGUACAACCUAGGCUGGGCCGAGUACAGGGCGUACCGGAGUGUACAACUUGGCUCCGGUACUAAGAGCAAGAAGCCCCGGAAGUUCCUGAAGGCUUCAAUGCGAUGCUUCAAGCGGGCGAUCGAGCUAGAAGCUGGCAACUCGGAAUUCUGGAACUCGUUGGCCGUUGUCACUACGAGCAUGAGUCCCAAGGUGGCUCAGCAUGCCUUUGUGCGAAGCUUGCAUCUGAAUGAUCGUAGUGCGCAAGUCUGGACGAACCUGGGUGCGCUGUAUCUCCUACACAACGACAUCCAGCUUGCCAAUGAGGCGUUUACCCGUGCUCAGUCAACGGAUCCGGACUAUGCUCAAGCAUGGGUGGGCCAAGGCUUCCUUGCGCUUCUCUAUGGAGAUUCUAACGAGGCACGGGGUCUUUUCGAACAUGCAUUUGAUAUUUCCAACUCGUCCUCGAUGCUUCCAAAGCGUCAAUACUCUCUCACCCUAUUUGACCACCUGCUAGCUGACUCCUCUGCCUCGAACGAAGUUUCGCAGCUGAUCCAGCCAUUCUUCGCUCUCCACCAGCUCUGCGCUCAAGAUCCAUCCGACCUUCCAUUCAUGCACCUAUCUGCCCUGCUGGCUGAGAGAAUGGGCGAGGUUCCCGACGCCGAGUCCAGCCUGGAGGUCGUUUGCUCGGGCAUGGAGGCGGAGUUCGAAGACACUGAAUCGCCUGCAUCGCUCUCACGGUUUGCCCAGGCCAACGCAGACAUGGCUCGAGUGCUUCUGGCGAACCACCGCUACGAGGAAGCUGCGGAGAAGGCCGAAACUGCCAUCACUCUGUCCGGAGAGGAGGACGCAGAGAACUUCGACCCCGAGGCAUGCAGCAAGCUCCGGCUGUCGGCGCAUCUCACAGCAGGCCUAGCCUACUACUUCACAAAGUCCAUGGACCAGGCAAUUGAUAUGUUCCGUGACGCGCUUCAAGAAGCCGACAACGCGCCUGAUGUCGUGUGCCUCCUCGCCCAGGUCCUCUGGGCAAAGGGUGGCGAGGAGGAACGCUCUGUUGCUCGCCAGCAGUUGUUUGAUUGCGUAGAGAAUCAUCCCGACCACGUCGGGGCUGUGACCCUCCUGGGAGCUAUCGCACUUCUCGACCAAGAUCGAGAUGCAAUCGAGGCCGUGGAGGCUGAUCUCCACAAUAUGAUUACACGGGAUGACAUUGACAUCCAUGACCGCGGCAAGGUUCUGAAACUAUUGGCUGCCAUCUCGGCAAUGGGAUUCACCGAGAAGGCCAACCUUCCAGAGGAUCUUCGUCGAGUUGGCGAAGCCACCGCUGCCGUCAUGCUGUCUCCAGGUCAGCCACAGGGCUGGAUGGAGCUGUCCGCUGUCUCAGACAGCUCAUACCCAGCAGAGAUGGCCAUCCAACGGGCUCUCCGCUGUGUGCCCCCUCACAGCAACCUAGAUGCCUCGGAUCUGAGCCAGGCAUAUGCUCAAGCCGGCACGGCUACAGAUGCCUUCCGGGCUAUUAUGGUUGCGCCAUGGAGGAAGGAAGGCUGGGAGGAAUUAACUGAUGGUGUAUCUGGCCUGGUGGCAUAG